AUGAGUGUCAUAUACUUCUGGAGGGGCAGCUUCAAUCUACCUUUCAAAGUCGCCACGCCCAAUCAGGUGCUCCACUGCCUUAUAUCAUGGUGUGAUGCGUCCUUGGAACAUAUGUGUGUGUUGCCUUUAGGUCCUCGACUGCCUCUUCGGUGCGGGGUCACUUCCCAGAAACAGUACGACGAGGGGAAAUAGCGCAAGAAUCGAAGUGAGUGCCCGCAUCGGCUUACCUGAGUGCAGGCACCCCUGGCGGAGUCCCUGAGCCCGUCGACGCCAAUCCUUAUCCUUAUUAUUUCUGGCUUGCGGCCCCUGUGAUCUGGAUGUUUGUCCUGACUCUUGUUGGACUCCCACUCUGGAGCUUUCCCGUUAUUGCCACCUUCCUGGAGUUCUUCUGUGCGUAUCCAAAAAGCAGAGCCUGUAUGCAUCCGGAAACGCGGUGUGUGUGUCUGUGUGUGCAGUUAAGGAAGGUCUUGUCAAGAAGACGAUGAACGACUUGAGGAAGCGCACGCAGCGGGCAAUCAAGAAGCGCUUGUCGUCCAGGAAAAACAGCAAGAAAAGUCACGCAGAACUCACUGAGGACGGCGCCAGUCCAAGCAAGAAGCCGUCCCGCAUGUGGUCUCGCUCCCACUGGUCGUUCCUCAGCCUUGGGCGCAAGGACACAGCCCGCUCUCUCGGCACCAACAUGGAUGAAGGCGCGAUGAAUGUUAGCAGUUUGGAAUUUGGAGCUGGCAAGGCCCACAGCAAGAGCGGGGACAGCCGGGUUGCGCCGGCUGCUGUUCCGGUUGCUGUGCACUUCAAUUCAGGCGAGGCCGUGGACGACAUGGUCGACCCGGGGGACGUCCUCUUUGACCAGGACAGUCCCGCCCCUCCAGACGCGAAGAGUCAGGGCGAACAGUCGUCACACAUCCCCGUCAAGCAGAACUCCUUCGACAACUUUAUGGUUGCCACACCUGCGCGUCAGGCGACAUCGGAGCAGGAGGUAGCGAGUCCACCAACCGUGCAAUUCGAUGUUAUCGAGCAGCAUGCGACAGCUCCGAUUGCGCAAGGAAGCGAGGGCGAGGAGGCCGCGGAGGGCACAGACGGAAAGAGACAAGACGCCACAGAGACACAAGGGGACGGAGGAGAUGUCGCGCAAAUGCCCAAAGGGGCCCUCAAGGGCAGGACGGGAAUGUGGGGCAGGCUGAGUGAAGGCCUCGCCGUCCGCAAGCAGCCCACUGUCCCGGCCGAAGAAGAAACAGACGAUGUAAAAGCCGUCCAGCAUGCCCUCCUUGCCACCUUCAAUCUGGCCGAGAAGAGCAAAAGCCGAAAGUAUGACGAUCGAAAGUCCUCAUUGCUGCAGAAUCUUUUUCUGAGGAAGAAAACCGGGAAAGACGCAAACGCGACUACAGAGAUCGCAGACGGUAACUAAGACCUUCAUGAAAGACAAAAGAGUCACACAUGCGCCUAUCGUUUUAGAGCCGAAGAGCCCUGGCCUGAAGGUCGAUUUAUUAGACUUGGCCAAGGUGAGUGCAUACAACACACACACACACACACACACACAAGGUUGAAGUAUUUCUCGAUGGCCACAAGAAAUACCGGGAGAAAAAUGCCGAUGAGUUCAAAGACGACGACGACCGCGCAGAAGACGCAGACAAAAACACAAAAGGUAAGCUGUGAACACUGCGGUGAAAAGUGUCAUAUGGCCUAAUCCCUCCUCAGGUGACCGCUUUGCCAGCGUUGUAGACGCGGCAAUGGUAGAGGACAGGAGGGAGAAGGAAAAGGCUCUGAUGAGUAGCAAGUCAGCGCGUAGUGUGGUCUUCACCGAGGCAAGUAGGGAUGGUGAGGUCGACGAGGAUGACAACUUGGAGUCGAGUAGCUCAUCGAGUGAGGAGGAGGAUGACAACAAGGGCCCCAUCCGAAUCCUCGGCAUAUUUCGGCCGAGACAGACUGUUUCCGACAGGAUGAUUCCGCAACUUAAAGCGUUCUUCAUCGACAUGUGAAAGCAACCGACAGUCACACACAUACAGUCGUGUCAUGCCUGCGUUACUCUUGUCUGUGUUAGGGCGCCUGCGUACAUCAUUUGUAUCUUCUUAUUGUGGCCCGAAGUGACAGAGAGGAUGCUAAGUCUCGUGGAGUGUGGCUUCUACCCGAUGUAAUUCCUCAAAUCACACGUAUGGCCAAUACGGAAUUGUGCUUGCGUUGACUGUCAGGAAGGGCUACCGGGACGACGAGAUGCGGCUCAUGCAAAAUCUUGACGUCAUCUGCGGCUCGGAGCUAUACUACCAAUGGAUAUGGCUUGCGUUCACUGGCCUUCUCUUCUGGUCAGCGGGGGGCAUCUUUGCGGUGUGGGUGAUCCUCUACCUCAAUCGCAAGAGACUGAAUGUACCCAAAGUCCGCAGCGUGUUGGGCUUCCUGUACAAUGGGUAUGAAAUGAAAGAGCCGCUCUACUAUUGGGAAUUAGUUCAGGUAAUGCCCACUUCAGCCGAUGCUCAUGUGUCGCCAAUGUGUCUUGAUACAUACAAUUGCUGGUCAGAUGUUCCGCAAGUUGCUGGUUCUUAUAGUGACAUUCGUGCCGAUACCUGAUGUCCGUGCCCGUCUGAUCCUUUAUGGUAUGGUCGCCACGGCGGCACUGGCCCUCCAUGUCUCCUUUGGGCCAUAUGACAAUCGACAGGUGAUGCGCUCUCCCUUCAAGGGAGGCGUGUCUCAUCUCUUCCUCCCUGUACCGUACCAUGUGCAGGAUGGAGCUCUGGACAAGUUGGAGAGUUUCUCUCUCUUCAGCUGGAUCAUCACUCUGAUGCUGCUGCAGCUGAUGCUCAUCUUCGGAGAGGACUUCGGCCCAGAUUUCAACACAGUCUGCGCAGUGGGCUUGGUUAUCGUCAACGGUCAGGGAUGGAGGGAGGGAGGGAGUGGGGCAAGAGUUGAGGACGCUCUUGUGUGUGUGUGAUUGAUACAUUCCUUCAUUGAUGUGGUUGGUUGGUGUGCAGGCUACUUCCUUUACCUAGCGAUUUACUACUUGAUCCGCGACGUCGGCGUGUCGCAGCUCCAAAGCAUUGCCGACAAAGCAGCCGUGAAGGAAGCCGGCGUUGACAAGAAGGAGGCCAAGCGCCUCAAGAGGGAGGAGAGAAAGCGGAGACGUGAAGAGAAACGGAGGUCGUCGGCGAGCAGCAAACGCAGCUCGAUCUUCUCUUUCUUAAGCAAGAAGGGACAGGGGCAGGAGGAUGGGCAGCCGAGGAGGAAUUCAGCCUUCACAGAAGCCUACACCCGUGUGACUGCCGUCUUCAAGAAGGGAUACGAGGUGAGCUACAGUCAGGGAAUGCAUCUAGUGAGAAACGGCAACCGACUCUUUUUGUUGGGAUACCCAUUCAGGCUGUGAAAGACAUCGCGAAGAAGGCUCAAGGAGGUCGCGAGCGGUUCUACAUCCAUCCAGUCGAAAGAACAGGUAUGUGUAUUUUCGUCGCUGUCAAUGCUGUCACUGUACGGAUUGUGUGUCCUUGUCAGUUCUACUGGGUGGUGAGGACGCUGAAAAGGAGAUCACUUCUUUGCCUGACUUCGAUUGGCUUCAUUUGAAGGGGUCCCGUAGCUUCAAUGACAAUAGCUAUCUCAUGCGUACUCUUGGCCAGCUCCUCGAGCACUGCAUCGACACUUUGGAGUUGUCCCCCAUUCCCCCCGACCUCAUUGGCCGCAUCUUCCUUGCAGCCAAGAAGAUUCAAUUGCAGAAGAAGAUCGAGCAGACGCAUCUGCCAGUGUCUGUGAAGAAGCUGGCCGAGGAGACGCUGACAAACAGCCCUGCGACGCUAGCGACGGGCAUGACCAAUGAGGAGUUCCAGCUCGCCGCUCAGGUGCGCUGUACACUCAUCGGCUUUACAGACACGCAACGCGCAACUUGCCCCAAAUGCAUACGCAGGAGCUGAUGGAGCUUGAGGAAGAUGAUCUGUGGGCAGCGCUUGAACUGGAGGCGAAGAAGAAGGACGUUGGCGAGGAGGACAACGCAGAUGGGAGGGCCGGGGUACUGACAGGAGAGACUGUAAUAUUCGCUUUGCCCGAUCCACGAACGAUGUCUGUCCUGUGCCCUUUCCUAUCUUCCCAGCUUGCAGAUGUGUUGGCCGAGUCUGGCCAGCUGAUUAAGAAGGAGGACCAGCCCCUCCACGGCCUCUUCAAGGCACUGGUACGCACACCUGAAGGACGAUGCUGGAGACAUGUCAAAGUAAAGCAAGUCAGCGCCUUUCACCUUGCACAGAAAUCCGACAAGGAGAGGAGCGGUUCCCUUGCACUCGCAGACAGGGACGACGAUCCAGGCCGCGACGGCGAUGAUGAACUAGUCUCUCCCGGGAAGGGGCAGUACGCGCGCGGAAUGACAGAAAUGCCGAUUGAGCCUCUCAGCGGCAAAGCCACAAGACAACGCCAUGGCGACCGUGUGACAAUAGCAGAAAACCACGAGCGUUCAGGCGACGAGGCAGAGACACAUGUUCACAAGGACGUGGCUGACUCGCUGUCUUAUGCCGACCUGACGGGCAAGAGUGCGUCAGCUGUGGCAAGAGACGAGGGCAUGGAGGCAAAGAGGAAGUCCUCAGAGGACAUCGGCUCGACAGGUGAGGACGAUGCCCAGCCGGUUUUUCCCAACCUCGGCACAGCCGGCCCUGCCAACCCCCCGAGUCACUCUCUCCGCAGAGGGAAUAAUGAUGGCUCCGAAGAGUAGUCCGCCUGGACCGGUUCAUGCUUUCAAAUGGUGGAAGUGGAUACUUGUGUACGGCGGGUUAUUUUUCUAUUUGUCGAGGAAAGUGCAUCUAUACCGAGGCGUCAGUAGUAGCAAUGGCCCCUCUAUG